AUGAGUCCAACAAAAAUGAUUGAUGUAGAGGACGAUGUGAGGAACCUGCAUGUUGCCAUUAUAGGUGCAGGAAUGGGAGGUUUAGCCAGCGCAUUAGGCCUUGCCAAGAAAGGAUUUAGUAACAUCAACAUUUACGAGAAUGCCUCCAACCUGGGUUUCGUCGGGGCUGGUAUUCAACUGGCUCCAAACCUCGUUCGAAUUCUCAGCCGUCUCGAUUGUUGGGAAUCUAUACAAAUGGAGGCAACAGAGGUUCUCGAAACAAGCAUACGGGACGGAGCAUCUAAUGAGGAACUUACCCACGUUCACAUGCCUAGCAUACGCAAAAUGUACGGCUACCCUCAUUGCACUGGUCAUCGAGCCUCUCUCGCCGACGGUCUCUACCAGGCGUGCCGCAAAUACUCGUCCAUCACUUUCCAUUUCGGCAUGACUCUUGUCAAUGUUGCUUCAUUCGAAAACCCAAAGUUUACAGUCAGAGACAGGUCGGGCACAGAACACACAGUGUAUGCGGACAUUCUCCUGGCGGCGGACGGAGUCAAGUCAGUAACACGAAGUGCCCUCCUUGCCCAGAUAGGAUGUGAGUCCGACGUUCAAGACACAGGCCAGGCAGCGUAUCGCGUGUUGCUGCCCCGGGAGAAAAUGCAACAAGAUCCAGAAAUGCUGGCACUCCUUGACAGCAACCAAGUGACUAGAUGGAUUGGUGAGAAGCGUCACUGGAUUGCAUAUCCCAUCCAAUCGCGCAGCAUAUACAACAUGUCUUCUAUCCAGCCAGACAAAAAUUUCGCGUCUGCCCCGUCGGUGACAUACACUACCAAGGGUUCAAAAUCGGCCAUGUUGGACGUAUUCUCCGACUUUUGCCCCCUUGUCCAGCGGAUGCUGAACCUCGUACCGGAUGGGGAAGUGUGUGAGUGGAAGUUGCGUGUGCAUAGCCCGUUACCAACGUGGGUUCUCGGGUCCGUUGCUUUGGUAGGAGAUGCUUGUCAUCCUACACUGCCGCAUUUGAAUCAGGGCGCCGGUCAGGCCAUCGAGGAUGCUGCCGUCUUGGCCGAGGUGUUGUCCAAGUCACCGAAUGGUUCUCGGGAUGCUGUUAACGGGUGCUUGCGUAUUUACGAGACUUUGCGUAAAGAGCGAGCUACAACUCUUGUUGAAUGGGCUGCUGAAUCGGGUCGUGUUUUGCAUCUUGGUGAAGGGGAGGCCAAGGAGGAGCGGGAUAAGAGAUUUGCUGAGGCGAAGAAGGGUGGGAAGAGUGUGCCUGAUAAAUGGGCUUCACCGGACGUUCAGGCUUACGUCUAUGGCCAUGAUUGCAUGAGAGAAGCUGAGGAGAAGUUUGAUGAGCUGUAUGAUAGCCUGAGCUAG